AGCGCGCUAGAGCGCCGCUCUUCCACCGGCGGAAGCGGAAGCAGAAGCAGAAGCGGAGCCCGCACUGGCCGCGCAGGCGCGGUGCGCGGGGGCCUCGUCAGGAAGGUCCUGGAAUCUUGACCCGGACAUUGCUUAAUGCAGGCACCAGGGUGAUAGCUCUAGAAAGUGACAUGAGUUUUCUUCCAGGUUUGCAGUCCCUAGAGAACAACCUAGAUGGACAAUUAGAAGUGGUUUAUUGCAACUUCUUCAAGUUGGACCCAGGAUACCAUGGGUGGUCCACACCACCUAUUAUGGACUCUGUGGAACUUUUUAAAAAAUUGGACAUCUCAGCAGUUCCUUGGACAGCAGAUGUACCUGUAAAAAUUUUUGGAAUCAUCCCACAAGGAAAGGAAAGGAAUUUGCUGUGGAAGCUUAUAUAUGCCUUAUAUGAGUGCCGCUCAAUAUACCAUUGUGGAAGAGUAGAACUGAACAUGAUUAUGAGUGAGAAAGAGUACAAGGUAUUAACUGCAAAACCUGGAGAACAAAUGAGGAGGUAUCAAGCAUUAAGUGUACUUUGGCAAACAGGAUGUGAAAUUCAGCUCCUGCACAUGGAGCCUCGGUCCUCAUUUUUAACUAAUUCAAAAACUCCGAGAUUGCCAAGACCAGGGAGCCAGAUAACAAAUGACCAUUUAUGUUUAGUACGAAUGACUCCCCGAAGGAAUUUAUUUACAGGUGCUAUGACAGAUGCUACUUCAUUAACUUUUAUCAUGAUGGUAAAACAGUGUCUUAUUAAGCAGAAGUCUAAACUAAUUGAUAUAAUAAACACAUGGAACCUGGGCAAUGGGUAUAAAGUUUUAGAGCAGUUAGAAAUACCAGAAAACAUUUUAACAGGCCAUUUGUACCCAGAAGAGUACAGGGGCAUUUUUGAAGUUCUGGACCGGUCUCUGGAGUUUGAUAGAAGCUUGCUGUUUAAUGAUGUCUUUAAAAAUACUAGGAACAGAUCUUUCGUAUUCUAAGACUUCUCAUCAAGUCACAAGUUCUUUAUUCAGGGAGUGCAUGAUGAUACAAAGGACAAGAAUAACCUCCAAAAUCUCAGAAUCCCAUUGGUUAAGGGUAAGUGUUGUGCACAAACCAGAGGAAUAUUUACUUGAAACACAACAGUCUGUCCACUGAUGUCAUAAUAUGGAACUGACAGUCAUUUCUCUAGUGAGGAUGGGACUAAAGUCAAACUCUGAAUCUUCUCCAGCAACAUAAUGGCAACGGUUACUGCUUUUGUAAACACCAUGUAACAUAAUCUGCCUCUGAUGUCACUUAUGCUGUUUUUGCUACAUAUAAAAAUGUAACAGACCAAAUAUUAUAUUUUUUUGUAGUUUGCAUUUGGUUAGCAGAUGACUUGAUUGUUAAUAUUUUCUCAGUGACCGAAAAUGUCUUUACCAGUUUUACAAAUUUAAGAUCUGUCUUCUUUCUCCCUGGCCAAAAAAAUUUACAGCCUAAAACUAACUUUGCAUGAAAAUAAUAGUAAACAAAGGAAUGAGGGUUAAUGCGGGACAGGAGGAUGGCAACAAGCAAUGUGGCAACUGGGAUUAGUUGUGUGUGUGCGCACACGUGCACACACCUUGCUUUUAAUGUAGGUUCUGUGUUCCUUUAGGUAUGAUUCAAGAGGGGUAAUUCAUUAUUUUUUCUUUUGAAAAUUCAAAAUGUUGGCCAGUGUCUAGUACCCAUACAAAUCAGGCCUAGGUGCAUAGAAACUUUGCCAGUAUGUUUACAUUAUAAUUUUUCACUGGUACCUUGACUGUUUUGUAGACUGUAAAAAUUGUUUCCUCCCUAUAAUCCUUCUCCAUUGUGUGAUUUGUUUAAAUGUGUAAUAUGUGUAUAGAUAAAAAUCCACAGCUGAUUUUAAAAUGCA